AUGCUGCCCUACAUCCAAAACGCGACUACUGAAGCCCGCUGCACUGGCAGCGGACUAAACAAGAGCUGGCGGGGUCACAGCCAGGCCCUGCGACCUCGCGACCAGGGGAAGGGAGGGAAAGGCAGAGCGGAGCAAAGCGGUAGCAGCAACACUCGGAGCGCUAGCAGGGGAACCAGAGGGACGGUGUCCUCGGAGGGGGAUGAGACAGGGGCCUAUCUGAUUGACAGAGAUCCCACCUACUUUGGCCCUAUCCUAAACUACCUCCGACAUGGGAAACUCAUCAUUAAUAAGGAGUUGGCAGAAGAAGGUGUGUUGGAAGAAGCGGAGUUUUACAACAUUGCGUCCCUGGUGCGACUGGUUAAGGAAAGAAUACGGGACAAUGAGAACAGAACUUCACAAGGCCCCGUGAAGCAUGUGUACAGAGUCCUGCAGUGCCAAGAGGAGGAGCUCACACAGAUGGUCUCCACUAUGUCCGAUGGUUGGAAAUUUGAACAGCUAAUCAGCAUCGGCUCUUCCUAUAACUAUGGGAAUGAGGAUCAGGCAGAAUUCCUCUGUGUUGUCUCCAGAGAGCUAAACAACUCCACCAACGGCAUCGUCAUAGAGCCUAGUGAAAAGGCCAAGAUUCUUCAGGAGAGAGGAUCGCGGAUGUGA